AUGAGAGUCCGUUGCUUCUCUUCUUUUGUUUGGGAGCCUCUAGAAUCGCCUAUCAUCUACUUGCAAUGUGAAAAAGUAGCGAGAGAAGAUCUAGAUUCAGCGAGCUGGUUCCAAGACAUAUCUGCUGUUGGACCCACCAUGUGCCGUUUGUCAGUUCGUGGAGCUCAUCAUGCUCUGAUACAACAGAAGCCAAUCCAGGAGCAUCUAGUCUCAUUAUUUUGCAUCUUCAAGAAUUACCACAAAGUUCGAGAGCACGGUGGACAACAAGAAAACUCUUCAAGAAUCUUGUGGGAAAACUGCCUACGACUGAAACAAGCUUUCUGCAAUGUCACGAUCAAUGGCAAAGCUAUAGCUGCACUAUCUAUUUUGUUUGAACCAAUUCUUGGUCAUGGGCAACGAACCAACUGGGUUCCUGUGUUCUUGGAAGCUACCAUAGCUCGAAGCAAGGAGAUCUAA